AGGUAUAUACCCGAAAUAUAAAGCGUACGCACUGUGAACUCUACGAAACACUUUUAAUUACGCCGCCGUGUGCCUUCUCUCUCUAGUCGGUCUACUUCUACACCAGAAGACGGCGCAGUGUUUGGGUACUCGCACAGGUUAGCUUGUUGCUAACUCCACAAUGGACUGCGCUCCCAGUCUGUGUCCCGCCGUCACUCAAGAGAUACAAAACGCCCCAGAAAUGUGCGACGGCUCCUCGAUGGAGGACGGGUUGGUUGACGCUUUUGGGGAUCUGGCUGCCCUUCCGGUGGAGGCUGGCGAGAGAAGACCGACAUGUUUCCGUUGCCGUCGCCCUCAGAAGGUGUGUCUAUGUCCUUUUCUUCCACCACAACCUCUGGAGGUCUCCACAUGUCUGUACGUAGUGCAGCAUCCUGCAGAGGAGAGCCGAGUACUCCGCACAGUUCCUCUACUUGCUGCUUGCUUGCCACAAGGAAAAUGCAAUGUCAUAGUUGGAAGGAGAUUUAAUGAGGAAAAGCACCCGGAGCUGGCUGCGGUGUGCCGGGACAGCAGAACGCUGAUUCUGUACCCAGGACCUAAAUCGGAGAACCUUGAGGAGUUGGUGCAAUACCAAGAAGUGGGCACUGCGAAAUAUAAUGUCAUCAUCAUAGACGGCACAUGGAGCCAAGCCAAAAACAUGUUCCUCAAAAACAGCCUUUUCCACCUGCCCAAGCAGGUGCAGCUCAAUAGGACUUUAUCAAGUCAAUACGUGAUCCGCACACAACCUUCCAACAUCUGUCUGUCUACUCUGGAAUGUGCCGCUGUCGCUCUGUCGAUCCUGGAGCGGAAUGAUGAGAUCCAAGAGGUUCUGCUCAAGCCCCUGAAAGCACUCUGCUCCUUCCAGCUUCAGCACGGCGCUCAGAUCCAUCAUAGCAAGGAACAUCUGCUGAAGAACGGCAUGUACGACAAGCCCAUGCCAAAGAACAAGCGCAAGAUAAAGAGGAUGGAGAAACUCCUCAGUGACCACAGCAUCUGCCCCAGAUGAGGGCAUGUCAGAGCAGAGAGGACAGGCCCUGUCAGCUCUGCUUCUCCUGCUGUUUGCACUGUGUCGGACUGUGCGAUCAGAGUACAAGGAUGGAAACGAUGAGACAUAAGGGGACUUUUUUCCUUUUUGGUUUUUUGUAAAAACACUUGUAUAUGCUGAUAAAUAUAAUUUAUGUAUUUGUCAUUAAUUGUAAGUAAAUUACUGACAAAUAAAUGUUGUACUUGAAGCAUCAGAGUUAAGAAUAAAUUAGGUUUCUUACUUUGUUUACAUCACAAUAGCUUGAAUUUUUUAGAAACGUGUGGUGGUUCUGUUGUGAUUGGAUUCACGUGGCUAUACAGCAGGUCACAUGUGGAAGGACUGAUUCCACUGAUAUUUUUAAUAAGCAAAAUUUCAAUUUCCACAAAAAAUAAUAAAAUAAACAGAAAGCAACACAAAACCUACCAAAGACAAAUAACACACUGGUAAGAAGAGUGACAACUGAAACUUGCACUAUACUGUAUAAAUGUAUAGCUUUAUAAAUGGUGUUUGGAGGCUUGCCAAUAAUGUUUGUUGGAUGUUACAAAAAGCUGUUUAAGUAUUGCAGUUUUUCAAUGCCACAAACUAUCAAUAAAAUGGAAAACAAAUCUCA